AUGCCUGUCUCCUCUACUCUUGCUAACGUCCAUGGUGCCAACGCCACGGCCUACAAGCAGCCUCCGCUCGAUGGCUCGCUGACCGUCCCCGAGAUCUACGACUGGCACCUUCAGCAUAAUCCGGAUCACGUUGUCUUCGUGUAUGCCACCGAAGCCGGCGACCGGGCUGAGAUCACUUUCAAGCAAGGUGUUCAUGCGAUGCAUCGCGCAGGUCGCAUGUUGAUUGACCGCCUCUCCAACCGAGGUCUGGAGCCCAAACCCCAGGAGGCUCCGGUGAUCGCUAUAUUUGCAGCCACAGACACCAUCACCUACUUCGCUACAUGGAUUGGUCUCGUUCGAGCCGGAUAUGUGGUUUGCCAUCUCUCGCACCGUAACUCCGCCGUCGCCGUCGCCGAUCUCCUCCAGAAGGUGAACACGGCGCAUGUUCUCGUCUCCAGCGAGCCGCGCAUACAGGCUGUAGUUCGCGAGGCUCUCGACACGAUCCACGACCCGCACAAGACUUACUCGAACUUCGUUUCCGAGAUGCCAGCUCAUCAAGACAUUUUCAUAGCUGGGGACGAUUAUUUGCUUCCGAGAAGAGAGCUCCGCAUGAAUUCUCCUGCCUUCUUCAUUCACUCGUCAGGCUCGACGGCAUUCCCAAAGCCCCUGGUCUGGACGCACGAUACAUGGAUCACACUGGCGAAUCCCAUCUUAUCCUCACAUACCGACUUAUGCGGCGAGAUAUUGGGCUGUCAAGCGGUACCGAUGUUCCAUGCCAUGGGGAUAUUCACCACGAUGUUAGUUGCAGGCUGCGGAAUGACUGUCGCGGCUUUUAAGCCUCAAACCCCCGCUAUCGCCGUUACGCCCGAGUCAACGUUUGAGAGCAUUAUCAACACGGGCUGCACAUACACCUUGAGCGCGCCAUAUAUUGUGGAGACCUGGGCGCGCGAUCCGUCUAAGAUCACGGCUUUGAAGGGGUUGAAGGGUGUGAUGAGUGGAGGUGGACCAUUUGACAAGGGUUUGGGCGACCUCCUGGUAGACCACGGACUCAAUAUCUACAAUAUAUACGGUUCGAGCGAAACGGGCCUGCAGGUGCCGCUCAUUUCAGCACCUGCUGGGAAGGAUUGGGACUAUCUUCCCAUCAUUCCGACAUGUCAACCCGAGUUCGUUCCACACGGUGAUGGCACAUACGAGCUUAUCUUGGUGAAAUGCAAGACGAGCAUACCACUCGUACUGAAUACGAAGUGGAACGGCACCGAUGCGUAUGCCACUAACGAUCUGCUUGUUCCUCAUCCGACAAAGGAGGGACACUGGAAAAUAGUCGGAAGAGCUGAUGAUCAGAUCAUGCUCUCCACCGGCGAGAAGACAAAUCCCGGGCCCUUAGAGGCCAUUCUACGUAAAGAUCCCCGCAUCCAGAUUGCCCUCAUGUUUGGGCGUGGUCGCUUCCAAAACGGGGUAAUUAUCUUGCCGAAGCCCGAGCAUUCCUUCGACCCCGCAAAUCAAGAGCUUCUGAUAGCCUUCCGUAACGCCAUCUGGCCGACUGUGGAGCAGAUGAAUGCUUACGCGCCACAGCAUUCACGUCUGUUCAAAGAGAUGAUACUUGUGGCGUCACCGGAUAAACCAUUCCUGUACACGCCUAAAGGGUCGAUCCGCCGUCAAGCAACUCUGAACGAAUACGAGGCUGAAAUAGAGGCUCUGUACACGUCGAUCGAAGAAUCCAGCCAGUCAGACAUCGCUGCCCCGACCGAAUGGAACUCCGAGUCUACCCUGGAUUUCGUCAGGAAGACCGUGCACACGGUGCUUAAAGCGGCUAUCACAGAUGAGGAUGACCUGUUCCAGUACGGAUGUGAUAGUCUGCAAGCAACAUGGAUUAGGAACACCGUUGCCCGCGCCCUGCGCGAUUCCGGCGAAGUGACCGCGCCGCCCUUCGACCUCGUCUACGUGUAUCCCACGAUUUCGUCACUCGCGAAAUUCGUUAUGGAAAUAGAUUCUUCCGUCGACAACGCGGGUACCACUCAGGCACGCAAGACGGACGAGAUGCUCGCGCUUGUGGACAAAUACUUGCUUGAUUUGCCCGCACACAGCGGCACUUAUGUCUACGACCCGAACUCCGGCGGUUACGUUGUGCUCCUGACUGGAACGACCGGCGGACUCGGCUCCAGCAUAUUGGCCGGCCUCCUUGCUUCUCCCAGAGUGCGGAAGGUGUACGCACCGAACAGGCGUUCAUCAAAAGGCCGUUCCCUCAAGGAGCGACAGAAGGAUGCUUUCGUAGCCCGUGGGCUGGAUGAAGGUCUGCUUGAGUCACCAAGGCUUAUUCUCCUCGAGAGCGACUUUGCGUCGCCCGAACUGGGCUUGGAUGCUGCGACUUUCCGGGAGAUGCACGACUCCGUCACCACGAUCAUCCACAAUGCUUAUCCGGUCAACUUCAACCUCUCUCUUGCUUCAUUCGAGCCUCAGAUAGCGAUCGUCCGCCGAUUCGUAGAUUUUGCUUUGACAUCUCGCCUCGCAACGCCCCCUUCGAUUGUCUUUACCAGUAGCGUCUCCACAUUGCGGAAUUUGCCGCUGGACCAACCCGCCGAGGAGAUCAUUUUUGAGAACCCGGCGUCUGCGCUUGGCGCUGGUUACAGCGAGAGUAAAUGGGUGGCAGAGAUGAUUUUGUCCAAGGCAGCAUCCGUCAUUCCUGCUUUGCACACUACAGUGGUCCGUGUCGGUCAGCUCAGUGGCGGCAAGACUGGUGAUUGGAAUGCUGCCGAGUGGUUCCCGUCGUUGGUGGCUUCUGGCGUUGUCGUGAAAUGCUUGCCGGACAUAGAUACAGUCGCUGCUUGGGUGCCCCUUGAUAUCGCUGCAUCCGCCAUGGUGGAGAUCUCGCUCAAUCACGAGGACAGCGUACCUCCACUUGUGCAUCUGGCGCACCCUCAUCCCGUAACAUGGUCCUCGAUAGUGGGCUAUAUCGCCGAACAGCUCGGAGUGCCUUUGGUCACCUACGCAGACUGGCUACAGGCGCUCGACAACGAUUUGAAGGACAAGUCGCAAUCAGAGGUUGAACAUAUGCAAGCGAACCCCGCUCUACGACUUCUUUCCUUCUACAAAGGCGCAAGUGCCAUAUCUGGCGCUCCUAAGGACAACGCGCACGAGGCGAUGGGCAUGCCGUUGAUGGCUACGGAGAAGGCGAGGGCAGCCGCACGCUUCCUGAACGAAUUGGCCCCUCUUGCUCCCAGCGACAUCGACAAGUGGCUUGCAUAUUGGCGACGAGUGGGAGCCUUGCCGGGUUAG